UCAUCACAGUGAGGCUUCCAUGGACACGUUGAGACUCACGUGAAUCGUGAGAUGGUCGAACAAAAAGGAGAGUAGGUAAUGUUACUAUUUCAUCUCUUCUCUCUAAUUUCAAUCCGUCUCGAACUACUAUAACUUCUCUCUCGAUCUUCCUUCACAACCUACAUGAAUCUGAUCAACUUCUUCGAUGACCUCGGCAUUUACCUUCUGUGCCGACCGCUCGAUUUCAUCCACCGCCUCCAACUCCUGAACCUUUUUGACGACAUGGGUAUCGUUCUCCUGAUACAGCCGCUCGGGUACCUGCACCGUUUUGCCGAUAUCGUGAUUCGAGCUGAUGAAGAGGACAGAACGCUUGAUAAGACUUGGCCUGCGCCUCCGAAACGUCGAUAUUCGAGGUGAUAUGGAAUAACGACUCGCCUGGGAGGCGAUAAGAGUCCCUUAUCUAGUUCGACUUGAUUGGCCCAGGGCGAAGGAGAAUGGAUCCUGGGCUUUGAAAAUACGGUCAUUGGCGAGAGGAAUGGAUACCGCCGGAAUCUAGGCUCCGGUCCGCAAAGAGGAGGAGGACCCAGGGUCUCAGCAUAACAGCUGUUCGAGAAGCUGGACUUCGACGGAUUCCUGGCGAG